AUGACGAUCCCCGUCCAUACUAUCGCUACCCUGCAAACCACCUUCAACCCGUUCCGCGCCUCCUCUCGGCCCUGCAGGCUUUUACUCUCCCUGCUGCGCAACCCAUCCACGACCCCGGCGGCCAGCCCGACGCACGUCAACAUCAAGGUCAACCAGCUGCCGCGUCUAUCGACCCAGGAACCCGAGAUCCUGGUCGGAUUCAAGGGCGGCAAGGAAGUCAAGAUCGAGGUGGGGAAGCGGAAGAUGAAGAUUGGCGAUGUGGUUGAGGAGCUUGCGCGAGUGGGACGAGCCAUUGAGAGAGAGGAGAGUUUGAAGGGUUAA